GGCUCGGCCCCGAACUUUCAUUCAUAAAAAGGAGCGAUCCGCGAGGCGGGGUGACUCAGACCCGCGCGGACGCCGACCCCGCGGAGGCAGCCCGGCAUGUUCCGGGACUUCGGGGAGCCCGGGCCGAGCGCCGGGCCCGGCGGCGCGUACGGGGGCCCCGCGCAGCCCCCCGCGCCCGGCCAGCAGAAGCUCCACCUGGUGCCAAGCAUCAACGCGGCGAGUGGCAGCCAGGAGCUGCAGUGGAUGCUGCAGCCUCACUUCCUGGGACCCAGCAGCUACCCCAGGCCUCUGGCCUACCCUCAGUACAGCUACCCACAGCCCCGGCCCGGCGUCAUCCGGGCCCUGGGGCCGCGCCGCCGGCCCCCGGAGCAGAUCAGCCCGGAGGAGGAGGAGCGCCGUCGGGUGAGGCGCGAGCGGAACAAGCUGGCCGCGGCCAAGUGCAGGAACCGGAGGAAGGAACUGACCGAUUUCCUGCAGGCGGAGACCGACAAGCUGGAGGACGAGAAGUCAGGACUGCAGCGAGAGAUUGAGGAGCUGCAGAAGCAGAAGGAGCGGCUGGAGCUGGUGCUCGAAGCCCACCGCCCCAUCUGCAAAAUCCCGGAAGGAGCCAAGGAGAGCGACCCUGGUGGCCCAGGCGGCUCCAGCAGCCCACCAGCCCCCUCCCGCCCCGUGCCUUGUAUCUCCCUUUCCCCAGGGCCUGUCCUUGAACCCGAGGCAUUGCACACCCCCACGCUCAUGACCACACCCUCUCUGACUCCUUUCACACCCAGUCUGGUCUUUACCUAUCCCAGUACCCCUGAGCCCUGUGCCUCAGCCCAUCGCAGGAGCAGCAGCAGCAGCGGGGACCCCUCCUCUGAUCCCCUAGGCUCCCCCACCCUCUUGGCCCUAUGAGGCACUCUGGGUAUCCUCCCUGGCCAUUACCUCCCCAUCCAUCGGUCCAGCUGGCCUGGGCUAUUCCCCGUGCUCAACCCCAGCGGGUUCUCCAUCCCCCCAGAUGAGACGGAGCCUGUCCUGCUUCCUGGCAGAGCCAGCUUGGGGUCACCAAAGCUGCUCAGUUUCUCUGGAGCUCGCCUCUCUAGCACAGUUUGCAUUAAAUCAGAGACACACUAUUUCCCAUUUGUGCAAGAGAACUCCUGGCAGCCCCGAAGGACUUGAUAGACAUCUGGAGGUUUUCUGGAGCCCUGCCCCCCUCCAGGCCUUCCGUAAGUCUUCAUUGCCCUCUCCGGGGACCCACCCAGCCUCACCCCCAGACAGAAGGCGGUACGCCAGCCUAGAACACUAACCCAGCCACCCCACUGCCAGCAGCGCCAGGUGACCGGACCAGGGCGUUCUGCCGUCCCCUCCAGAAAGGGCACAGUCCAGGAGCGAGCUAGGGCCUUCUGUGACGAGCUGAGCUGCCGCCCUGGCUCUGAGGAGACUUUAGCUCCAGGGACUCUAAGCCUCCACUGCAAGGGCAGCUGCUAUUUAUUUUCCUAAAGAGAGUAUUUUUAUACAAACCUGCCAAAACGGAAUAAAGGCUUGAAGCUC